AUGGAACAGAGCAACCUCGGGAGGGCACCUCUUAAGAUGUCCGGCAGCAGGGAUAAAAGGAACUCGAACCUCUACUGCCUAUAUCAUCGAGAUAUAGGGCACGAGACGGAGGACUGCAAUGAUCUCAAAAGGGAGAUCGAGAACCUCAUCAGGCAAGGACACCUCAAGCAGUUCAUCCGCCGAAGUGGAGGUCAUUCGCGCGACGAGAAUCAACGUGACAAACGGGGUGACCAACGCCGGGAUGAAAGACGAAUUUUGAGAAGCAAUUGCAGACCACCUGAGGAUCCUAGAGAGACAAAGAGGCCUCCCCGAGAUGGAUCUUCGGGUCAAGGGUUAGGAUAUGGGGCCAACAUUGCCGGAGUCAUCAACACCAUUGCCGGAGGUCCGACGGGAGGGGAUAGUCAAAACUCCCGAAAGAGGACUUACAGGCAAGCUAACCCUAAUCAGGUCGAGUCUAGCUCUCGCCUAUCCGAGGUGAUCUCCUACGGGCCCAGCGAUCCUGUUCCAGCUGCUUCUAGUAGUCAUGAAACUUUGGUGAUUGAGGUGCUCACCAACAACUACAUUGUGAAGAAGGUCUACAUCGACCCAGGGAGUUCGGUGGAUGUCAAGUACCUCCGCACCUUUGAGAGGCUUAAACUAGCAAGGGAGCACAUGACCCCGGUGAGAACUCCUCUCGUAGGGUUCGGGGGACACAUUGUGCAUCCCGAGAGGAUGGUGACUCUGACGGUAACCGUAAGGCGUCACUCCCGCUGCAGGACCAUCCCCGUCAACUUUGUAAUAGUUAAGGUCGAUUCCCCGUACAAUCUACUCUUAGGUCGGCCUGCGCUUAAUGCUUUGCGAGCAGUAUACUCUACCAACCACCUAAGUUUUAAGUUUCCUACUCCUGCGGGGGUGGUCGAGGUCAGCAGCGACAUCUGCGCUGCCCGAGAGUGUUACCUCGCCACUCUACAAGCGGCCUCCCCAUCAGCCUCCGAAACGAGACCCGAGAAGAGGUCAAAUAUCCUCUCAAUAGAUAGCAUUGAUCCUCAGUAA